GCAGCAGGAGGACGCGUAAAGGCGGCGCGGCCACAGAGGCAACCGAACAUUUGGCGUCACGUUUCCCGAACUGGACUCUUCCCUUGGACUUUGUUUGGACCAUCGGACCCGGAUCUGAACCUCGGGGCCCCCUCCCUUCGCUAAGUUGCCCGUUGCUGAGACGAGAACAGGCCCGGAUAACAGUGAAUCUGUCAGACGUCCUGUUGCUGUGGAAACGAAGCGGCGCCAAGAAAAUGAGGAUGACGAGGAGGCGUUCCGGCAACUCCUGUUUGACUCCCCGCAGCAGAGCCAUGAGGUAGAGAAAGGUGGCGGCGGUAUUCCCCUGCAGCGCUGCAACACUCGCCCUGCUUCAUGAGCCAGCAGGAUGAGGCUGAGGUCCUCGCACUCUCCGAGCGCCUCCUCAUAGCGGCACACAAGGGCCAAGCUGACAAUGUGGUCCAGCUCAUCAACAAGGGGGCAAAGGUAGCGCUCACAAAGUACGGCAGAAGCCCCCUGCACUUGGCCGCCCACAAAGGCCACCUGGAGGUGGUGCACAUCCUGCUGAAAGCUGGCUGUGACCUGGACAUCGAGGAUGAUGGAGAGCAGACGGCGUUGCACCGAGCUGCUGUGGUGGGAAACACUGAUGUCAUCGGAGCUCUCAUCCAGGAAGGGUGUGCUCUGGACCGGCAGGAUAAGGAUGGAAACACGGCUCUGCAUGAAGUGGCCUGGCAUGGCUUCAGUCAGUCUGUGAAGCUGCUGGUGAAGGCUGGGGCCAACGUUCACGCCAAGAACAAGGCAGGGAACACGGCUCUCCACCUCGCAUGUCAGAACGGUCAUGCUCAGAGCUCCAAGGUUCUGCUUCUUGGAGGCUGCAGGCCUGACAGCAAGAAUACAGCAGGAGACACAUGUCUGCAUGUGGCCGCUCGGUACAACCAUGUGGCCAUGAUUCGCAUCUUACUUGGAGCCUUCUGCUCUGUGUCGGAGAAGAACCUGGUUGGAGACACUCCUCUACACGUUGCUGCUGCUCUGAAUCAUAAGAAAACGGUUCGUCUGCUGCUGGAGGCCGGAGCCGACAGCCACGUCUGCAACAAUGCGGGUCAGACAGCUCUGGAUCAGGCCAGAGACCACAACAACCCUGAGGUGGCUCUCCUUUUGACCAAAGCCCCACAGAGCUUUCUGCGAGGCAGGAGUGUGAGGAAGAGGAGGGACAAACUGAAAUCAGAGAGGAGGGCUCAGUCAGUGCCCAGAGACCAAAUGUUAUCCUGUAAGGACAGUGCAUCUGCUGCAGAGGAUACGCAGAGCAGCGAGCGCGACCCCUGCAGAAACAUCGACGCAGCCGAAUCCCCCCCCCGGAGGAGCCGGAGUAGGAAGCAGAAGCCGUCUUUGUCAGAACCUCUUCGCCGCCGAGAGACGAAGCCCAGCGAAGUCGGUCGCAGGAAGACGGCUAAUCUGCAAGGGGCCUUCCCCCACGGGCCCGCCCCCCCUCACAGCUUCAAAGCCUAUCAGCUGUACACCCUGUACCGAGGAAAGGACGGGAAGAUCAUGCAGGCGCCGCUGAACGGCUGCCGCUGUGAGCCGCUCAUCAGCAAACUGGAAAACCAGCUGGAGGCCACCAAGGAGGAGAUGAAGAGCGAGAUCCACACCGUCCAGGACCUGGUGAACAGCAAGAUGGGCCAGAUGGACCGCAAGAACAAACAUCAGAUGGGGGCUCUAGAUAAGCUGACCCUGGAGCGAGUUUCUGCAGAGAGGAGCACAUGUCUGCAGAGGAUGGAGCAGUGGACGCAGCAGGAGCGACUGGAGGCCCAGAGCAGACAGGCAUCUCUGGUCAGCGAGCUGAAGAGUUGGUGUCUGUCCAAACUGCAGAACCUGGAGGUCCGGCUCAGUGGAGAACCCGGCGCCACCACGCUGCGGCGCUGUCUGUCGGUCUCCGAGGGUCUGAAUGAGGUGGACAGGAGCGAACGCGCUGGCUCGAAGCCCAGUGAAGGAGAGGCGGGCACGGCGGAGGGCGGAGCCUCCGACCACUACUUUGUUCUUCAUGCAGAGAGCUCUCCAGAUGGUGAAAUGCUUCACAAGGCAGAGCCAGCCAAAAGCCCCGCCUCCUCAAUCCCGGUGGUUCGUCCAAAGGAGCGAGCAGCCGUCGCCCACAGAAAGACCCAGGACCUGGAAGCAGCAGAGGAGGCGUCUCCCAUUGCGGAGCGCCGCUGUGGCCGCCAGAAGCACCACCGCAAACACUCGCAGGGAAAGACUAAGCCCAGGGGGGCAGGGGGGGUCAGGGCUCUGGAGGUGUUUGGAGAGGCGCCGCGGGAGGCGUCUUUCGCUCAGGAAAGGGACAACAUGCACGCCGUGGAGGUCACGCAGUACUUCUUCGAGGCCGUGUCCACACAGAUGGAACGCUGGUACGAGCGGAAGGUUCAGGAGGCGCGGCAGCACGCCGACCGACGAGCUCAGGCCGACAGGGCGGCGCUGAUGGACAGGAUCGCCUUUCUGGAGGACGAGCUGCGCACACUGAGGACCAACCGCCACGACGGCUGCUGAAGUCCUCAGAGCGGAAACAUGCCGGCUCCUGACGGAACCAGCAGAUCUUCGGAGAAUGUGAAGGUCCUGAAGUAAACAGCAGCUCUGAAGCUCGACGGCACGCAGGAGUCUGAGGACCCUCUGCUGAUGGCCGCUCCUCACUAAGGAGGAGCAGAUAAGUUCACAAAACUCUAUAACAGGCUGGAAAAAGAUUCUGCUUAAUGCAGAGAAAAAUACAACCAGAUGAAGCCACUUCUGCUGUUUUCACAGUGAUUAUGCUAAUCAAGCUGCUAGUUUGAACAGCUCACACAGACAAGAGACCUGGAUCAGCUGAGCUACAGCUGCCUCGAUCCAAUGGACAACCGCUGGCUGGAUCCGAGAGAACAGCUGAGCCACAGUUCCAUGGAUCUGAUGGAAAUUCUAUACCAGCUGUUCUCUUUGAAGCUAAAAUCCGUCUGACAGCACCACAGAUAAGCUCCAUUUUCAAAGCUGAGUUUGUUUCGUAAAUCGAAAUCAUCAAAUUUCGUUUUCCCUUUUGAAGGAAUUUUAUUGUUUGGAAUCUUUUUCAUAUCAUUUUGAGUCAAACUACAGAUUACAGGGAAACGAAACUGUUUUGUCCAAGUUCUUCACCGACUCUCCUGCAGCAGAGAGAGCUGAUGAUCUGAGCUGAAGAUGAACCUGAAGGAGCAUCCCAUCGUAUCUGCUGCAGCGCUGAGCGGUUCUUCAUCACAGACAUGCAUUACGCUUUUAGAACCCGUUUGUUUUGGAUCUUGAUGCACUCUUCCUCUCCCAGGAAGCAGGUUUUGUAUUAAAGAAUCGUCUCCACACCG